AUGAUAUAAUAGAUUAAAGAAUAUUACGAAUUAGAAGAAUUUUUAAGCUCUUCACUUUUAUCUUAUUAGGUUCUCCGUAUUUAUCUGAGUGAUAUUGGUAUUGGUGAUGAAGGUGUAUCAGGCUUAGGUUCUGGUUUAGCAAAAUGCAUUAAUCUCUCAAAUUUGACACUUGACCUUAGGAACAGUAAAAUUGGUGAUGAAGGUGCAUCAGGCUUAGGUUCUGCUUUAGCAAAAUGCAUUGAUCUCUCAAAUUUGACACUUGACCUUGGUUGGAAUUAAAUUGGUGAUGAAGGUGCAUCAGGCUUAUGUUCUGGUUUAGCAAAAUGCAUUAAUCUCUCAAAUUUGACACUUUACCUUACUAAAAAUAAAAUUAGUGCAAUGGGUGCAUUAGGCUUAGGUUCUGCUUUAGCAAAAUGCAUUAAUCUCUCAAAUUUGACACUUAACCUUUCUUGGAAUUAAAUUGGUGAUGAAGGUGCAUCAGGCUUAGGUUCUGCUUUAGCAAAAUGCAUUAAUCUCUCAAAUUUGACACUUUACCUUAGUUCUAAUUAAAUUGGUGAUGAAGGUGCAUCAGGCUUAGGUUAUGCUUUAGCAAAAUGCAUUAAACUCUCAAAUUUGAAAAUUUUGAGACUUAAUCUUGGGUAAAAACAGUUUAUUUGUUUUGGAUUGUGA